AGUUAUUUAUUCUGAUUUCUGAUUCUUCAACAGCUAAAAUACUUUGAAUGCAUUUAAAUAUUGUUUUAGUCUUACUCGUGGCAUUGUCAUUCAAACUGGGUAAUGCAUAUUUUUAUUGUGGGGAAGAAAAUGAGAAGAAAUUAUGUCAAACAAGCAAACAUUUCAUCUGCCAUCCUGAAACUGUGUCUCGCGAAGGUGAAGUGAAAGCUUUCGCUCCCAUGACAAACAAAUUGAAACGUUUGUUUGUUGAUCACCACAAUGAGUAUCGCAACAAACUGGCUGGAGGGCAGCAGGAAUUCAAGGGAGGUGGAAAAUUUCCUAUUGCCACUCGCAUGCGGGAAGUUCUGUGGGAUGACGAAUUGGCUUAUAUAGCUGGAGAGCAUGCAAAACGCUGCCAUAUGGCGCACGAUGAGUGUCGUUCCACCGAAAGAUUUCCAGGCGCCGGACAAAAUCUUUUCACAAAAAAUCGGGAUAGUGAGAUGUACACUAAAGCGCCUGAAGUAGUGCUCAGGGCUGUGGAUGCUUGGUGGGAAGAAUGUGCUCUUGUGGAGGAUGGCAAUAAGUUGGCAGAAGAAUUUCCUGGAGGUGAGCCAGACUGGCACAAAAUCGGUCAUUUCACUGCGAUGGCAAACGAACGCGCUGCAUUUGUUGGCUGUGGUGUGGCAUUUUGUGAUAACUGUACUACGCGCAAAUAUUGCGUGCAUAUCACCUGCAAUUACUCACGUACAAAUUUGGCAAAAAGUUUUAUGUACAAAACAGGCGAUAAACCAGCAUCAGCAUGCGACUACUAUGAGACUACACCAAGCGAAAGAUAUCCGAAUCUCUGCAUAAAUAAUGGAAAAUUUUAUAACGACGUCAGUUAGAAUUGUAAAUAUAUAAAAGUUGUACUAUCAUUGUUUGUAUGAAGAUUAAAAUGAA